CAGGGCAGGAGGUAGCAGCCUGCGAAAGACACCGAGCUUAGAGCACAGACAGCAAUGGGGUGGCUCAGCUUGCCGUCUUUCCUGCGGUGCGGUAACAAGGAGGAUUUCACUUUGUCUACUGAGAAAAUCACCGAGAAAGAUGAGGAGAGUGAACGAGGAAACUGGUCACGCAAAUCAGACUAUCUCCUCUCUAUGGUCGGCUAUGCCGUUGGCUUGGGGAAUGUCUGGCGCUUUCCAUACCUCACCUAUAGGGAUGGAGGAGGGGCCUUCUUGAUACCUUAUACCAUCAUGCUGGCUCUGGCUGGGCUGCCUUUGUUCUUCCUGGAAUGCUCACUUGGGCAGUUUGCCAGCUUGGGACCCAUUUCUGUUUGGAGGAUUCUACCCCUUUUACAAGGAGUCGGAGUCACAAUGGUGAUCAUUUCAACAUUUGUGACCAUCUAUUACAAUGUCAUCAUUGGCUACAGCCUCUACUACUUGUUUGCCUCCUUCCAAAGCAUCCUCCCUUGGGCAGAUUGCAAUCCUGAGUGGGCCAAUGCGAAUUGCAGCAAGACAAGGCUAGUGUCAGACUGCAACAUUACAUUACAUGGGGAGACUAUCAUCGCAAAUUACUCUUGGGUUGAGAGAAACAACGAAACCUGCCUCAAUGGCACCGAGGUGUUUGCAAACACCCAGGCUCCCAGCGAACAAUACUGGAACAACAAGGUCCUUCGGCGUUCAAGUGGGUUAGACGAGACCGGGGAAGUUGUGUGGUACCUCGCCCUCUGCCUUCUCCUUUCCUGGCUGAUUGUGGCAGUGGCCUUGUUUAAAGGAAUCAAGUCUUCGGGAAAGAUUGUUUACUUCACAGCCAUCUUCCCCUACGUUGUCCUUGUGAUAUUGUUGGUCCGAGGUGCCACUCUGGACGGUGCUCUAGAGGGCAUUGAGUUCUACAUUGGAAAGCAAUCUAAUUUCACCAAGCUCACAGAGGCAGAGGUCUGGAAAGAUGCUGCCACGCAGAUUUUCUUCUCUCUGUCCGUUGCGUGGGGAGGGUUGGUCGCCCUCUCCUCAUACAACAAAUUCAACAACAACUGCUAUUCUGACGCCAUUUUUGUCUGCGUGAUAAACUGCCUCACAAGCGUCUUUGCUGGUUUUGCAAUUUUCUCCAUCUUGGGACACAUGGCACAUGAAUCAGGCAAGAAAGUCUCAGAAGUCGUCGAUUCAGGCUUUGAUCUGGCGUUUGUUGCCUAUCCGGAGGCUCUUUCGAAGCUCCCCGUCGCCCCCCUCUGGUCCUUCUUGUUCUUCUUCAUGCUUCUGCUCUUGGGGCUCGAUUCCCAGUUUGCUACUGUAGAGACCCUUACAACCACCAUCCAAGAUGUUUACCCCAAACUUAUGAAGAAAAUGAGGAUCCCAGUGACCUUGGGCCUGUGCACAGUGCUAUUCCUGCUUGGGCUUGUCUGCGUUACGCAGGCAGGGAUCUACUGGGUCAACCUGGUGGACCAUUUCUGUGCUGGCUGGGGGAUCCUUUUUGCAGCUGUCCUGGAGCUGGUGGGGAUCUGCUGGAUUUAUGGUGGAAACCGAUUUAUCGAAGACACUGAGAUGAUGAUUGGGAAGAAAAGCUGGCUGUUCUGGCUGUGGUGGAGAGCCUGCUGGUUUUUCAUCACACCUUUCCUCCUCCUCGCAAUUUUGAUUUGGUCUUUGGCCACAUUUGAGCGCCCAACAUAUGGCUCCGUGGAGUACCCAGUUUGGGGAGCCGCUGUAGGUUGGUGCAUGAUCAUGUUCUGCCUGAUUUGGAUUCCCAUCAUUGCCAUUUACAAGAUAUUAAAGGCAAAAGGGAGCUUGUGGCAGCGCAUUACUUUCUGCUGCAAGCCCCAGCCCAACUGGGGUCCCGCCCUGGAGCGCAAUCGUGGAGAAAGAUACCGCAACAUGGUUGACACAGAGAAGGAGAAAGACAUCGAAAUCCCGACUGUGGAUGCCUACGUACACAAGCCGGAGUGAAGUGGCCUGUUGGGAGGCAAUUGGCACUCAUGUGCAGCAGAGAGAGUGGGAUUUUUUGGGUUUGUGUGAAUGGGUUUUUUUUUUAUAAUGGAAGCCGUAUUAUUUAUUCUGAGAACUGUAUAUUGUGAUAGAUCAAUGGACAGCAAGUCAAUGAAGCGUGGAGGCAGGUUCUUCGUCGCUAACAUGUACUGACCUAUUGACCAGUUGCUAGAAAUAGUGAGGAACUCAGCAUGACUCCUGUCCCCUUAAAGGUAAAGGGAC